ACCGAGUUCAGCAAUCGAAGAGACAAGAGCGCGAAAAAGUUUUACGAACGAAAUAGUUCUAGUUGAGAAAAUCUGUGCCGUUGUGUUGAAACAGGAUCAACAUGUAUAAUCAAAGCUACAACAACACGUACGGAGUUGGUGCCGGAUUCUAUGGUCAGGAGUACCAUCAGCAGUACUACUAUCAGCAACAUCAUCAGCAGCAGCAGCAGCAGCAAAAGCAACAAAUGCUGGCCGGUGUGAUGAGCUACUAUCCUGCUCCGGAAUCGAUGGCGAUGGUAUUCAAUCAAUACCAACAGGGGCCGAUGCAAUCGAUGCACCCACAGCAGGCAGCUUAUCAAUAUCAGCAGCAGCAGCAGCAGCAUCAGCUGGACUACCAGAUGACACCAGCUCUUUACUUGCUCAACCAACAAGCGGAACUAUUGCAGCGAUCACUCAGCAAACCCGCCAGCAGCUCGUCGUCGAAAUCGAAACGAUCAAACACGUCCGGCAACGGUGGUAAAGUGUCCCGUAAGGUACGCGGUCCGUACCAAAACAAAACACUAUCACCCACGCCAUCGCCAGCUGCCCACAAGAUCACACCCGAAACGGACCGGCUCUCGGUCUCAUCCGAUCUGUCCUGUUCCGUGGCCCAGCAGCUAAGCAUGACACCGCCGCCAACUAUGGUUGAACCGCACAACGCUGUUAACGCAGCAACCCAGCAGCAGACAAAAAAGCAGAAGCGCAAAAGUGACUCGUUUUUGGAAUAUGAGCGACAGGCUACGGUCAAGCAAGCCAAGUUCGAUCACAGCCAGGAAUCCGCCGCUACCGCCACAACCACCACCAUCACCACCGGCACACUCAGUCCGGUGGUUCCGACGGUCAGCCCGAAACAAGUCACCUCCAUCUUCCGUAACGUCGCAUUGAUGGCAGAGAGCUCAUGCAACCGCCACUGAUGGCAGUUAGGAGCGGCCUACGUCCUCAUGUGGCCCAAGGCAUUCCCGAGAUCCCACGGAAUGAAACAGUCGGGAGUUAGUUCCUUAACAAAACGGUGCAGUCUGUGAUGCAAGCUAACACUAGAAAUAAGUCUUUUUUAAACAAAAUAAAACGAAAAACGGCAACAUUUGCUGAAAGUUA